AUGGAAGGAGCUAUUAUAGAAGGAGAAGCAACAAUAACUCUUCCUGAUGGAACAUCUGCAAAGCUUCCGUUUAUUCGAGGAACUCAAGGACCACCAGUUAUCGAUAUUCGUUCUCUAUUUACUCAGCUAGGCUGCCUCACUCUUGACCCAGGCUACACUUCAACAUCAAGCUGUCUUUCUGCAAUUACAUAUACUGAUGGAGAAAAAGGAGAGCUAUGGUACAGAGGCUAUGCAAUCGAAGAUCUGGCCAAUAAUUGUACCUUUCUUGAAGUUUGCUAUUUGCUAUUAUAUGGAGAAUUGCCCAAUACUGCUGAACUAGAAAGAUUUGAAAAUGCUGUGAAAAAUGAGAUGUUGAUUCAUAUGAAACUUAUUGACUUCUAUAGCAGCUUCCAGCAAGGUGCACAUCCAAUGGCAAUUAUGGUGGGUGUUGUAGGAGCUUUAUCAGCGUUCAUGCAUGAAGAUAUCGAUGUCUUGGUAGCUGAACAACGUGAAGCAGCUGCAAUUAGAGUUUUAGCGAAAUUCCCUAUGAUGGCAGCAAUUGCGUAUAGAACUGCAUAUGGACUGCCAAUAGUUUUUCCUAAAUCCCAUCACAGCAUCUACCUCUUUUUUGCUUGCAUGAUAAAAAUAUUAAAAAUAAUCAUCAAAAUUUUAAUUAGAAAAGUCAAAAAAAAAAAACUAUAUGAAUUUCUAAAGAUAAAUAUUUAUUAAAAAAAUCUAUUAAAUUCUUUUAAAAUAAAAUUAUUUAUCCAUUAUUAAAAAAUCUAUGCCCCUUAAUCGAGGAUAAGAAAAAGUUCGGAUACACUGAAAACUUCUUGUAUAUGAUGUUUUCAGACCCGAUGUCUGAUGAUUUUACAGUCGAUCCUGUCGUAGCUAAUGCUCUUGAAAAAAUAUUUAUCCUCCACGCCGAUCACGAACAAAACGCCUCCACAUCAACUGUCAGAAUUGCCGGAAGCUCUCUUGCAAACCCAUAUGCCUGUGUAGCUGCUGGAAUAGCUAGCUUAUGGGGCCCUAUGCAUGGAGGUGCAAAUGAAGCUGUCCUCGCAAUGCUUGAUGAAGUAAAAAGUGUUGAAAACGUCGAUACCUAUAUUGCAAAAGCUAAAAAUCCUAACGACAGUUUUAGACUUAUGGGUUUUGGCCAUCGUGUUUAUAAAAACCAUGAUCCAAGAAAUCAUAUAAUUCAAGAGAUUGCUCAUGAAGUUUUAACUCAUUUAAAAUGCAACAAGCAAGACAUUUUUGACUUAGCGAUAGAGCUAGAGAAAAAAGCCUUAAGUGACGAUUAUUUUAUUAAAAGAAAGCUAUUUCCAAAUGUAGAUUUUUAUUCUGGGAUUGUCCUUGAAGCAAUUGGAAUCCCACGUGACAUGUUUACUGUGAUUUUUGCUUUAGCUAGAGUCAUCGGCUGGAUGUCACAGUGGCAUGAGAUGAUGUCUGAGUCUGUCAAAAAAAUCGGAAGACCAAGACAGCUUUACAUUGGAGCUCAAAAAAGAACAGUCCAACCUAUAGAACUAACUCCCCCCCCUCCGUGAGUGAACAAAAAAAUUUUUGUUCACUCACGGAGGGGGGUUAAUUUUUUUUUUUUUUAAAAAAUUUAUAUAUAAAUUUUCUAAAAAAUUUUUUUUUUUUCGAAAUUUAAAAAAAAUCCUAAUUUGCCAAAAUUUGAAAAGCAAAUAUUAAUUUAAAUUUAUAAAAUUUAUGUUUUAAAAUGCAAUUUGUUUAAAUUAAACAGAAUUAGCUUUAGAUUUCAUUAUAUUAAUUAUCAUUUAUAUAUAUCAAAAUUUUUUUCCAUUAAAAUUUUUCUAUUAAAAAAAAUUUUUGUUCACUCACGGAAGGUGGGUUUUUGGGCAAAAAACAGCGAUUUUUCUAAUGGUUUUGUUCACUCACGGAGGGGGGGGGAGUAAGAGAAGGCAGAGAAAGCAUCCACCCUGAAAUAAUAAAUUCACCCAGAAAAGUAUGGUCACCUAUAAAAGAUAAAGCAGCCAUUUAA